GUUUCAGGGGAAGUCAAGCCUCUCUACUGCUUCUUUUUAUAACCUUUAAGUUAAUUCAGAACCCAGAUAAGCCUUGAUCUGAGGAUGAUAUAACCACCGCAAGCAACAUGGGAACUUCUAGAGAAAACAAGAAGAAGACUUCAAAAAACAUGCUGUGAUGUCUCCCAGUGGAGACAGGGCACGAGGUGCAGGAAAGAGGAGGUGGCCUGAGCCAGGACGAUGAGGAUGCAAUGUUGAAGAAUAAGCUGGAGAAGAGAAGUAACCGGCACUAUGGAAAAAACCAAAACAAAGCAAGGAGAGAAUGAACAUAUGCCGGUGAAUAAUCCUUCCACGCAGAUUUACCAGUUGCAGGCCCUAGCCUCCGAACUCAAAACUGGUUUCACAGAAGCAAUGCAAGAACUGUCAAGAAUUCAACAUGGAGAAUAUGCUUUGGAAGAAAAGGUUAAGAGCUGCAGAUGUUCCAUGGAAGAAAAAGUUACUGAGAUGAAGAAUUCAUUAAACUAUUUCAAGGAAGAGCUGAGCAAUGCCAUGUCGAUGAUCCAAGCCAUCACUUCCAAACAAGAAGAAAUGCAACAGAAAAUCGAGCAGCUUCAACAGGAGAAGCGAAGAGAAUCUCGAAAAGUUAAAGCCAAGAAAACUCAAAAAGAAGAGCACAGCUCACAGGCCGGGCCUGCCCAAGCACAAGGAAGUCCUUUUCGUUCUAUCAAUAUCCCUGAGCCUGUUCUUCCAAGCGAAGACUUUACCAACCUUUUGCCUUCUCAGGCCUACGAGAAAGCCCAAGAGUCCAGAUCUGUUCAUGUAGGAGACAGUAAUGUAAAAGGAAUGAUGGGUCCUGGAGUGAACCCAACAACUCCAGAAGCAGAAGAAAACCUCAAGUCUUGCCUCUCGGCUGAUAUCCAGUCCAAGGGCCAUCUCCCAUCUGGCAUGUGGAGGCAGCCUAAGGAUGGUAAAGAAUGGGGUGAAGAAUACGUCACAAAAGACCACCCAGAUAAACUCAAGGAGGCUGGCCAGGGUAGACACAGCUCCUUGGAAAACGUUUUAUGUGAAACCUCCUUAGCUGCUAAAAGACAGACUGUGGCCCUGGAACUGCUUGAAUCUGAAAGAAAAUAUGUCAUUAACAUCUCUCUGAUCUUGAAGAUAAAAGCCACAUUCCAGGGGUCAGAUGGAAAGAGGAAUUCCAAAGAGAGAAGCCUCUUCCCUGGCUCUUUACGGUACCUCGUCCAGCAGCACCUGGAUCUGCUUCACGCACUGCAGGAAAGGGUCCUGAAGUGGCCACGCCAAGGCGUUCUUGGAGAUUUAUUCCUUAAGUUAACAAAUGACGAGAAUAAUUUCUUGGAUUAUUAUGUUGCCUACCUAAGGGACCUGCCUGAGUGCAUCUCAUUGGUUCAUGUUGUAGUCCUGAAAGAGGGUGAUGAAGAGAUUAAAUCUGACAUCUACACGUUGUUUUUUCACAUAGUCCAGCGCAUCCCUGAAUAUCUGAUACAUCUGCAGAACGUCCUGAAGUUCACAGAGCAGGAGCACCCUGACUAUUAUCUACUACUGGUGUGUGUCCAGCGCCUCCGAGUAUUUAUCUCACACUACACCCUGCUGUUUCAAUGCAAUGAAGAUUUGCUUAUUCAGAAACGGAAAAAGCUCAAGAAGUCAUCCAUGGCGAAGCUGUACAAAGGGCUGGCUUCCCAGUGUGCCAAUGCUGGGCAAGAUGCUUCCCCCACUGCAGGUCCUGAGGCUGUCCGUGACACUGGGAUCCACUCAGAAGAGUUGCUGCAACCCUACCCUUCUGCUCCCAGUUCUGGCCCUGCCGUCACACAUCUGAUGCCCCCAGUGAAGAAAAGCCAACAGCAGCAAAGCCUGAUGGAGAGCAUGCAGCCCGGGAAGCCCAGUGACUGGGAGCUGGAGGGCAGGAAGCACGAGCGGCCCGAGAGCCUUCUGGCACCGACGCAGUUCUGCGCGGCCGAGCAGGACGUGAAGGCGCUGGCCGGGCCCCUGCAGGCCAUCCCGGAGAUGGACUUCGAGCCCUCUCCGGCGGAGCCGCUGGGCAACGUGGAGCGCUCCCUGCGCGCCCCGGCCGAGCUCCUGCCCGAUGCCCGCGGCUUCGUGCCCGCGGCCUACGAAGAGUUCGAGUACGGCGGCGAGAUCUUCGCGCUGCCCGCGCCCUACGACGAGGAGCCGUUCCAGGCUCCGGCCCUCUUCGAGAACUGCUCGCCCGCCUCCUCCGAGUCCAGCCUGGACAUCUGCUUCCUGCGGCCCGUCAGCUUCGCCAUGGAGGCCGAGCGGCCGGAGCACCCGCUGCAGCCGCUGCCCAAGAGCGCUACGUCGCCGGCGGGCAGCAGCAGCGCCUACAAGCUGGAGGCGGCGGCGCAGGCGCACGGCAAGGCCAAGCCGCUGAGCCGCUCUCUCAAAGAGUUCCCGCGUGCGCCGCCAGCCGACGGCGUGGCCCCACGCCUCUACAGCACGCGCAGCAGCAGCGGCGGCCGCGCGCCCAUCAAGGCCGAGCGCGCCGCGCAGCCGCACGGCCCGGCCGCCGCCGCCGUCGCCGCCCGCGGCGCACCCAGGACCUUCUUCCCCCAACAGAGGUCCCAAAGCGAAAAACAGACCUAUUUGGAAGUAAGGAGGGAGAUGCAUUUAGAAGAUACUACCAGAUUCUGUCCCAAAGAAGAAAGAGAAAGUGAACAAACAUCUUUCAGCGAUCAAAAUCCCAGGCAAGACCAGAAGGGGGGCUUUCGCAGCUCCUUCCGCAAGCUCUUUAAAAAGAAAAAUGGGAACGCAACUGGUGAAGAUUUCUGUGGUCCUUGGGGCUGGUGGUGACAUCAAAGCUUUCCUAUUUUCAGGGACUUCUGACAUGAGAAAACUGGAGAAGGUGCAGAGCUGGAAUGGAUUACCCAAGUGGCUUAACCAAGAUAAAGGAAGAAUGCACCCUCGACUGGGGACUCAAAUGGACUGAUCUGAGUUGUUGACUAUUGAUUGGCUUUGGUCUCUUUUGUGGUGGUUGAGAUUAUAGUAUCUCUGCAAUCUGAUUACUGUACGAAUUUCUGCAUUCUACCAAAUGUAGCAUAUAUGUGUGGUUGGCUUCAAUAAAUCUUUCAUUUAAAAAUGAAAACAAGCAAGAGUUUGUAAUGUAAUGCCAAAUUCAGUGAAGGUCCUUGAUAACCUUGGUUGAGAACCAUGAUUUCCAUCCAUUUUAAUUUAAGAUCCUUGAUAAUUUGUGGAGUUGUUACUUCAUUGAAUCAAAAACAGGAUUUCUUGAAUUUUCUGAGCUUUUGUUCCCCUAUUAUGUUAUUACACAAUAUCUUACACUGACAUAUACAAUUGUCACAAUUGUCCCCAUAAAGCAUUAGAAAGAUAUUCUCUUUAUGUUCAAUGCAAAUCUUAGAUACACAUGUCCUAAGUCAUGAAAUUCAGGGGAGUAAAAAGUAUUCCAGUUCUAGGAAGCAACUGUUUUACAAAUGCAAAACAAUUGGGAUAGAUAAAAAUAUUUGAAAACAAUUAAAACCAAAUCAACCUGUACUUUAUCUGUGUGCUGAGAUUUUAGGUCCAGUGGAUCAGAAUACAGGGAAAAAACUAAUGAGAAUCCCUCAAUGGAUCCUUCACCCACCAAACAAGAUUUCUUCAGAAACCGACUUGCUCUUGCAAAUGACCUUGACCAAGGAACAGCUGUGUAAAACAUACUUAAAGUUGUAUUGUCAAGUGGUAAGAUGAGGAUAAAAAGCUUGUAUAUAUCUGUGUAGGAAUAUAUAUCUAUAUCUAUAUCUAUAUAUAUAUCAAUGUAUAAAUCCCUGAGGAAAACUAAUAUAAAUACUUACAUAUGAAACUAAACAUACAAGACAUUGAAGAGAUGAAGAUUAGUUUCUGGUUAAGAUCUGGCUUUUUGAACCUCAACACUGGGGAAAAGGGAAAUGAAGACUUUUCACAUCAUUACAGAAAAACACAAUAAAUUUGGAGGAAAAUAAAUGUUUGUAAGAAUGAAAA